CAAGAAUAGACUUGACGGGCUUCUGGCCAAGAAAACAGCUCAAAUGCACCCAAAAACACCAAAUAAACAAUUCACGCACUAUCCGAGCAACAGCCAUGGCGACGACGGGAGGAAUCGAGGCCGAGAAGGAGGCGAAGAAGAGAGCUCGCCUCGCCAUGAUGGAGCUCACCAACAUGAUCUCCGUCCCCAUGGCUCUCCACACCGUUAUCCGUCUCAACAUCCCCGACGCCAUCUGGAGCUCUGGAUCCAAUUCACCUCUUUCCGCUGACGAGAUCCUCUCCCGGAUCCAUCCCUCUCUUCCUCCCUCCACCUCUCCCACCGCCAUCCAACGCCUUCUCCGCCUCCUCACCUCCCAUGGCGUCUUCUCCGAGCUCUACCUCCCUCCAGCCCCUCGUCGUUAUUCCCUCACCGAUAUCGGCCAAACCCUAGUCUCCUCCGAACCCAACGGUCCCUCCUUCGCCGCCUACGUUCUUCAGCACCAUCAGGACGCACUUGUGAGGGCUUGGCCGUGGCUGCACUCGGCCGUGGUCGAUCCAGACGGGCCGGAACCGUUUGCGAAGGCCAAUGGUGGCGUGGGGGCGUAUGAGUACUAUGGGAAAGAGCCAGAGGCGAACGCGCUGAUGCAGCGGGCGAUGUGGGGGGUUUCGGUGCCGUUUAUGGAUGCGUUCCUGGAUGGGUACGAGGGAGGGUUUGAUGGAGUGGAAACCCUCGUUGAUGUCGGCGGCAGCUCCGGCGCUUGCUUGAAGAUGAUCAUGGAUAGGUUCUCCGGUGUGACACUUGGUAUCAACUUCGAUCUCCCGGAGGUCGUCGCUGAGGCGCCCGAUUUCCCAGGGGUGAAACAUGUGGGUGGUGACAUGUUCAAGUCUAUUCCAGCAGGUGAUGCCAUAUUCAUGAAGUGGAUAUUGAUGACAUGGACUGAUGAGGAGUGUGAGAGGAUUCUAAAGAACUGCUACAAUGCCCUGCCGGAGAAAGGGAAGUUGAUUGCCUGUGAGCCGGUGCUCCCAGAGGAGACGGACAGCAGCCAAAGAACAAGGGCUUUAAUCGAAAAUGAUAUCUUUGUGAUGACCAUUUACAGGACUCAGGGCAGAGGACGAACAGAGGAGGAAUUCAGGCGUCUCGCCAUCUCCUCUGGCUUCUCAAGUUUCAGAGCUAUCUAUUUAGACCACUUCUACACUGUCCUUGAGUUCCAAAAGUGAAUUUGAGAGAUGCUUAUUUAAAGAUCUUCUGUGUUUUUGGAGAAUGUAACCGUGAAUUGGUAUUAUGUAUACAAUAAUGAACCAGAUGGUGUACCUUUAUGGUUACUAUGUCUUGUUUCAUAUUUCUGGGCCAUUGUUCUUGGCAAUAAUUGACUUGGUAAUACUCAUUACCUUUGUGUACGCAAAUUUUAAACAAUAUCAAUAUAGUUGCUAUUGGGUUCGAAUUCUUAA